UCCAAACAGAGAAAUCCGUAUGCUCUUCCUCCCUAUUGCUAUUCUAUACCCAUCUUCAUCUCGCCGACACACAGCAACAUGAAUCUAUAUGCCCACGAUCUUUCUCUAUUUAAUUUCGCUAAUUUCUCGGAUAACCCCAUCAUCGAUGAUCAAUCAUCGAAUUCCUUGAUCACAACUCAUGAUGAUCUUAGCGAUGGUGAUUCCAGUACUCAGAGCAAUCAUCAUGGUGUUGUUAGUAAAUAUUUGGGGUCGAAUCGCAAGAGCCCGCCAAAGCACCGCCACGACGGCACGUCACCCCUGCCUCUGGGAAUGGACUGGAGCGCUCCUCCUCGAACAUGGGAUGGGCGGGGGACUGUUUGGCCUCAUGAUCCUCAUACAGGAUGGAGUUACUGUGUUACCAUUCCUUCAUGGACUAUUUUGUCCAUAUCCAGAGGUUCAGAUCGUUCAGAUAAUGUGCCGUUCUACAGAGUGCAAGUUGGAAUUCAAUCACCAGAAGGGAUAACUACCAUCCGAGGAAUAUUACGAAGAUUCAGUGAUUUCUUAAAGCUAUUGUCUGAACUUAAAAAGGCAUUUCCUAGGAAGAAUUUGCCUCCAGCUCCUCCAAGGAGGACAAUUCUGAGAACAAAAAGUCAGGAGGCAUUGGAGGAGCGAAGGUGUUCCUUGGAGGAUUGGAUGGAAAAGCUAUUAUCAGAUAUUGAUAUAUCUAGAAGUGCCCCUGUGGCAAUGUUUCUUGAGCUAGAAGCUGCUGUCAGGUCUUCAUUUGAUGAUGUGAAUCAGUUAGACACAGUAUCUUCUCUUAGUGGUUUGGUGCCUUCAUUUUUGUCCCACUCCAAUUCAGAUGUUUCUGUCAUUGCUGGUGGUUCAACAGUCGCUUCAGAACAUGAUAAUGAUUCUAGUGAGGGGAUAUCUGAACUUGGAACAACGUGGCAAGGGAGAGAGAGUUCCGCUGAACCCGGCAUGGAAAAUUCAACCCCUGAACCAAAUUUGAUUGAUUCAUUAGAUAUGACCAUGAGGUAUGGCAUACUUAACAAGAAUAUUUUUCCAGAGAACCUAGAAGGAUUUUCCAGGCGUAAAAUACUUUCUGGAAGGGAAAGCAAUAUCACAAAACGAGACAAACAAACUGACAUUACUAUGAAAAGAAGCUCCCUUAUUGGGGAUGGAACUGAUCAGUUGCCUGAAAUAGAACAUGGCAGAAUAGGUGGCCAUUUUCGUAGACUGUCAACAGAGAGUGUUGAAAGUGACCUAAGUUCUAUGCAAGCUAGUGAAUCAAACUCAGUAGUAGCUAAUUUGUUGGGCGACAGGUCCCCUGACUGUCCUGAAAAUUAUAUACAGUUCCAGGGAGACUUACUUGUUCUUCUAUCAGAUGAGCGCCAUAAAUUGAAAAGGGUUCUUAAUACCACACAGAGGAGACUGGCUACAGCUAAAACAGACAUGGAAGAUCUUAUAGCAAGAUUGAAUCAAGAAGUAGCAGUGAAACAAUUUCUGACAACAAAGGUCAAGGAUUUGGAAGUGGAACUUGAAACCACUGUAGAAAAUUGUAAAGAGAACAUUGAGCAAGCAGUUUUCAAUGAAAGAGAAAGAUUUACUCAAAUGCAGUGGGAUAUGGAGGAACUUCGUAAGCAGUGCCUGGAGAUUGAACUAAAACUGAAGGCCGAACAGGAUGAAAAGGCACGUCUUGAGUUAGCAAAGUUAUCACUGAUUCAGGAGAAUGAAAUGUUGUUACAAGAGUUAGAUGUUGCCCGAGAGCUGUUUGAGAACUUACAUAAACACCAUGAAGAGUUGGAGGUGAAAUCCAAAGCAGAGGUAAAGCUCCUCAUUAAAGAGGUAAAAUCUCUUCGAAAUUCACAAUCCGAAUUGAAGCAGGAGCUUGGCCGCAUGAUGAAAGAAAAACUAGAAUUAGAGAGGUUCCUUCAAAAGGAAAAGCAGAGAACAGAGCUUAGCAAUUCUGCUAAUGAAAAAUUGCUGCAUGAAUGUGAAAUUCUUCACAACCGGCUUCUAGAAUGUAGUGUUAAUUUUCUUGUAGAGGAGGAAGAUAAGUUAAUUGUGGACACUUCAUCUCCAUCGGAUGCCAUUGAUCUCUUAACAACAUCAGAUAAUCGAAUUGGCCUCCUCCUUGCUGAGGCACAGCUCCUUGCCCAAGAUGUGGAAAAUUCUGUGGCAGGAUUUGAUGAGAAUCUUGAUGUAAAUGGCAGUGACCGAAGAACUGACAAUGAACUCAGAAAGAUGUUAACGAAUAUUGUUGUUGAUAAUGCAACAUUGAGGAAGCAGGUCAACUCAGUUAUGCGCUGCACUCUCCACCCUUAUGUGAAGUCUGAUAAAGAUGAUGGUGAUGAUGAAGAAGAAGAAGAAGACGAAGAAGAAGAGGAAGCUCCAUUGAGAAAAACUGUUCUAAGCAAGUUCUUAGAAAGAUAGGAUACUAAUUCACAUUCGUUUGUUUCUAAAAUCGUGGCUAGUACUUUUGCUCCGGUUGGCGAUAUAGUACAGUUUGCACAUAAUCUUCUUGUUUGUUGUGUAAAAUGAAUGGAACCAUAUUUUAUUUAUCAUAUCAUUUAAUUCUGAAAUAAAUUUACUAUUUUUGGAAGCUUGAGCUGGCAAAUUAGAAAGUAAACCAGCUCUUUAGCUGACCUUGUAAUCAGCAAGGCAUUCUUAGGGCCUUCUUAUUGUUUUCAAAAAGGUCCAAUGUGGAAAUUGAAUGUG